AUGGCUGCUCCUGAGAGGCCUAUUGCCAAAAUAUCAAUUGCCUCUCCUACUUCUACUCCUACACCCACCCCCCUUACAUUGCUUCAACGACUGGCUACUGUGCUUCCUAAAGAUACCAACUUCAACAUCUACCAUGUCUCAACUCCCCCAACUCGAACAUCCGCAAUCUACUCUGCACCUCCAAAUACUCGUCCCGACCGAACAUACUGCGAGAACCACUUUCUCGCUGCCUCUAUAAAUACACCUGCCAAAGCUCAUGGGGCGGAAUCUAAGGAAGUGUUGGUUUAUGCCAUUGAGGUUUUAAUCUACUCCACUGCGUACGACUCGACUUUCUUCGUCUCUAAAGCAGACUCGACUGGAUAUAUGCACCAUCUAGAAUUGCAAAAGGGAACGCCUUCGCCUUUACGAGACAUCAGUGCUACUUUUCUUCAACAUCUCAUUGAGCAGCACCAAAGACCCAAUAUCCGCUGCGUUAUAUCACUCUUUGCACGAGCACAAGAUCAAUACUUGUUCCCUGGCAGCGUAGAAUAUAGUGGCAAACAUGUUUUGGAUGACCGUGGGUUGGUACGUUGGUGGUGCCGUGUUCUUGACCCUCUGAUCGACCAUUCAAAAGCCUCCUUAUCCUCGAAAUGGGAUAAGGUGAAGGGAUAUUUGACCAUCCCUGGCCUAGAUUCCCACGAGACACUUUCCUACAUCCCGAAAAUGAAUCCUCCAAAAUACUCCUGGACCAUUGGACACCCACUUCAGGAAAUUUCAAGGCAUCCAGACGAUGUGCCUCCGCGAUGUCUGAUUCCCCACUAUCCCGAUGAUCCAAAGGCCCGCUAUUUGGACGAACUUGAUGAUGAAAUUACUAAAGGUAAUGACGCUAGUAGUGGCCAGUGGAAGAGCGUCCGAACUAUUGAUCAGUUUUGGGAUAUGAUGGCUUUUCGCCAGGAGUGUUCGGCUGGCAGGAUGGUUGGUUUCAUCUGGAUUGUUUUCACUCCUGAAAUCCAACCUGAGCCUGCCCGUGCAGUCAUCCCCGAUACCCAGAGUACAUUCAUGAGUAAUGACAGUCAGCCUUGGGAUGAGUCUGUUUUGCUUGGAUUACCCGACGGGUCAUCAUCAUUGCCAAUGACCCCCGCAACAUCAUUCAACGCUUCUAGUCAAGUUCAACCAUUGAGCUCGCCCCUCAAAGCUAACGAUGAUAACGAGCCUCCUGCUUCACAACAAUCAGUCCAGUCACCCUACCCUCGUCCCUCGAAGAGAAAGAGGCUCACUGGACCUAUCAAUUCAAGACAGCCAAGGAUCAAAACCGAGAACACUAGCAUCAAAAGCGAGAUACUAUUGCGACCUGAAAGCACACCAUACUACCUCUGGAAACCCGAAGGCAGAGGCCAAGUCAUAGUAGACGAGUCAGACUAUAAGCGCGUCACCGAAUUACUACUUCGUCUCGACUUCGCCAACCUAGAACUUGCAACCUCGAGUUCGAGGCGCUGGAUCAACGAAGUGCGGUCUAAUGCUUUCGGAAGUAUGGCCGAGGCUUGGGGUCAAAAUGUCAUUGGGACGAAAGCCGUAGAGCGAGUUUACGUUGCUGGGGCUGCGGGUGUUAAUUCGCUCAACAUGGGACUUGUUAGAAAGAAGAUGAAAGCUGCUCCUGAUGAGUCGAAAAGUUCAUCUCCUGCGCACAACGAUAUAACUCCUGCAGUUAACGUUCUUGGGGCUAGCAUGAUUCGCAAAAAGGCGAAGAGUUGA